AUGUUGGCGCACAGGUGGAGCGGAAUCCUGGCUGCGCUGGCGCUGCUUUGUCUCGCCGGCCGCGCGCAAAGCGAAACUUCUGCCAACAUGACUCAGGUCAAAGAGAUCGUGGACCGCCUGCUGAAGGGAUACGAUGUCCGUCUCAGACCUGAUUUUGGAGGAAAUCCUGUCACCGUUGGAAUGAGCAUCCACAUCUCCAGCAUUGACCAGAUUUCGGAAGUCAACAUGCUUCUGUCCUGCUCGUUCCAAUGGAAGCCCAGCUCUUUGGUGUCUGUCCCCAGUAGAGAAAGCCUGUGUUCCUGCAUGGCAAUGAAGCUCAUGUCCAUUGGCCUUCCCCUCCAAGAGGACUACACCAUCACCAUGUAUUUCCAGCAGAGCUGGAGGGACAAGCGCCUGGCAUACAGUGACUUUGAUUUCAACCUGACUUUGGAUAACCGUGUGGCUGAUCAGCUGUGGCUCCCUGACACCUACUUUCUGAACGACAAGAAAUCCUUCCUGCACGGAGUGACUGUGAAGAACCGCAUGAUCCGGCUCCAUCCCGAUGGGACGGUCCUGUACGGCCUCAGAAUCACCACGACUGCCGCCUGCAUGAUGGAUCUGCGAAGAUACCCCCUGGACCAGCAGAAUUGCACCCUCGAAAUUGAAAGUUAUGGCUACACCGUUGAUGACAUCGUGUUCUAUUGGCAAGGGAAUGACUCGGCUGUGACUGGGAUGGAUACGCUGGAGCUGCCUCAGUUUACCAUCAUGGAGCAAAGACUGGUUACCCGAGAAGUGGUGUUUACCACAGGUUCAUACCUGCGUUUGUCACUGAGUUUCCGGAUCAAGAGAAACAUCGGCUACUUCAUCCUGCAGACUUACAUGCCCUCUGUCCUCAUCACCAUCCUGUCCUGGGUCUCCUUCUGGAUCAAUUAUGAUGCUUCUGCUGCCAGGGUGGCACUAGGUGUAACUACAGUGCUUACCAUGACCACCAUCAACACUCACCUGCGGGAGACCCUUCCCAAGAUCCCAUACGUCAAGGCGAUCGACAUCUAUCUCAUGGGCUGCUUUGUCUUUGUGUUCCUGGCUCUUCUGGAAUAUGCCUUUGUUAACUACACCUUCUUUGGACGUGGUCCCAGUGAGCAGAGCAGGCAGGCCCAGGCUGGCAAACGUUCCCAGUCCCAGGGAAAGCGAGGCAAAGGGCGCAGAGGCCCCCAGGUGGAUGCCCAUGGAAACAUUGCCUUGAGUGUUCUGGAAGUAACCAAUGAGGUGGAGGAAUCUGAAGCAUCUGUCAACAUCUCUGGGCUUCAGCUGCGCAGGGGGGCAGCUUCUCGGGCUGCCCUUAACCAGCCAAUGCAGCCAGUCAUCAGCCCUCUUGGGAGCCGCCGCCGCCGCCGCAGCUCUGGAUGCCGCCACCGUGGUGGCCGCCUCCGCCGCCGUUCCCCCAAGAUGAAGCUCAGAAUGCCCACCCUGCAUGAUGUCAGCGUGGUUGAUAAGUGGUCUCGGCUUGUCUUUCCUGUCACCUUUGCCUUCUUCAACCUCUUUUACUGGCUAUACUAUGUCAAUUAA